AGUAUCUAGCCGCAACAUAUGCUUCCCAAAAUCCUACCACAAGACACGAGGUACCAGACCUAUCACCAAUUAGCCCGAAUACCCCGUCGCUUCUCUUGGGUCUAUACGUCCGAAGCUGCGGUAUAACAUGUUACUUAGACCCGGGUGUCCAGAGCUAACGCCAGGUAAAUGCCAAGCCCAGAGCCGCCGGUGUCAUUGGUCGUACAAGAGGCACCAUGCGGUAACAAUGUAUUGAUCGAUAGUAAGUCUUCGAGGUAACCUUUGAAUGAUACUAUAGAUGUAUGCAUCUUGUAUGUGAUGGACGACAGUCAGCAGCCCACUUCACGAUAGCUUUACACAAUAUUGUCAUUGUUUUACCAAUCGUUUGGUAAUCUAGAAGCCGCCCUUGAAGGAAUUCUAGCCCCUAUCUCCUAUAUUCGAUGGGAAGAGAGUUUUUCUCGCCGAACGCCAUGCGCAACUGGAAAAUAUACAUAGACCGCUAUAGCCAUAGCUCUGUUAUGAGGUUUUCUAAGGAGGUAUAUUACAGAAUAGACUAUAGUACCUAUGUACUAGCAGAUUUCUGGCAUCAUGAAGACGAGUCUUCACCUUAUUUUUGCAAGCGUACUUAUUUCUGGGGUUAUCGCGCUCAAGCCAAAGGCUCUUCUUUCAGACUCCAUUCAACUUACCCAAGAUGACAUCGGUGACUUCUCCGACGUAGACUUCGGCGACGAGGCCACAGCUUCGCUGGACAGUAGCAAUGUCACCGAGUGUAAGGUCUUCCCAGGCGACCGCGACUGGCCGUCCGUCGCGGAGUGGACUCGGUUGAACAGGACUCUCGGCGGUGCUUUAUUGAGACCAACCCCGGCUGCCGCUACUUGCUACCAAGGCCCCGACUACGACCCGGAAAGGUGUCAGUAUUUGGUCACGAAUGCCUCGUCUUCGCACUUCUGGCUCGACGACCCGCUUGUCUCGUUGACGCAGUGGUCGCAGGGCGGGACUUGCGCGCUUGCUUUGAACCCUAUGGGGAACUGUACACGUGGGGGGUUCCCCGAAUAUGUCGUGAAUGCGACGACCGUGAAGCAUAUCCAAGCGGCUGUCAACUUCGCCAGGAACAAGCGCAUCCGGCUGAUAAUCAAAAACACCGGACAUGAUUUUGGCGGCAGAUCAGUAGGCGCGGGAUCCCUCAGUAUCUGGACGCAUAAUCUCAAGGCAAUGAACUUCAUCCCUUCGUAUAGGCUCGGGCCGUAUAACGGGAUGGCGGUCUAUUUCGGAGCCGGCGUCGAGUCGUGGGAAGAGAAGAACUUCAUGGCGGCCUUUAACGUGACAGUGGUCUCGCCCGGUUGCGGAACGGUAGGUGGAGUCGGGGGGUGGAUGAGCUCGGGAGGCCACACAACGCUCACCUCUAAAGUUGGUCUCGGAGCCGACCAAGUCCUUUCCCUUGGUGUUGUGACUGCUUCGGGGAGGUUUGUGACUGCUGAUCCGUAUACUAAUCGAGAUCUCUUCUUCGCGUUGCGCGGAGGAGGUGGAGGGACUUACGGAGUAGUGACCUCAGCUAUCAUGAAAGCUUAUCCACCGAUUAACGUGACUUCAACUUCUCUGAGUCUCACCGUCUCGCCGUCAAGCAAUACGACAACCCCAACCCCCGGCAUGCUCACUGACACCGAGAUGUUUUGGCAAGGUGUUGGCACUUACUAUAGAUUCGCCGCGAAGAUGCUGGAUGCCGGUGGCUACGGUUUCACUUACAUCUACCCUCUCCCGAACAACAGCUACCGUUUCGUAACAAGUUCGUCUCUCAUCGACGUAACGCCAGCCGCCGCCCGCGAGUUCAUGCAGCCCUUAUACGACGGUCUACGCGGCCUCGGCAUCAACAUCACCAAUCCCCCCCUCCCCUUCACCUCGCUGUACGGGCAGCCGAGCUCCAGCAUCGGGCCCUCGCCCGGCAACACGCGGUACCGGUCGCGGCUCCUCCCGCGCGAGAACUGGGACGACGACGCGCUCUGGAGCCAGACGAUGCGCGCGAUACGCACGGCCACGGAGGCCGGGUACGAGCGCGGGUUCUACUUCCACGGGACGCUGACUUCGCCGACGGAAGACGUGGCCGGGUGGCCGGGGGCCGGGAGCGCGGUGAACCCGGCGUGGCGCCGCAACCGCAUGCACGCGAUGCUGAUGGACGAGGCGCCCGCGCAGUCGACGGGGCGGGAUGCCGUUAUGAGGGGGUACAUGGACCUGCUGCGGGCGGCGGCGCCGGGGGCCGGGUCGUAUAUGAACGAGGGGGAUCCGGGAGAGCCGGAUUGGCAGCGGGCGUUUUACGGCGCGCACUACGCGCGCCUGUUGCGCAUCAAGCGGCGGCGGGACCCGUGGGGCGUGUUCUGGGCGCCGACCACAGUGGGGAGCGAGGGGUGGGCCGUGAGGGGGGCCGAGGGGGAUUACCCUGAGACGCAGAACGGGAGGCUAUGUCGCGUUGGAUAA